CAUCAGAAUCAGAAUCAAAAGAACCCUCGUUGUUCUGCUGACUUUGAGGUAACCUUCUCCGUGACUGUCCAAAACCAUCGACGGUGGGGGUGUGUUCUUAUGGCUGAUAAUGAGGAGUUGUCGAUGCCGAUGCCGAGGGAUGCCAAGAUUAUCGAGUCUUUGUUGAAAUCGAUGGGGGUGUAUUCAGAGCAUGCUACCAAGUCUGCAAUUGAUGUGGAUGAUGUUAAGCUUGCCAUUCAAUCGCAGGCUAACUUCAGCUUCUCGCAACCACCCCCUCGUGAGGUGCUUCUGGAGCUAGCUAAAAACCGCAACAAGAUACCAUUACCAAAAUCUCUAGCACCUGGCAUUCCACUUCCGCCCGAUCAGGACACAUUAAUCAGUCCUAACUACCAAUUUGCAUUUCCAAACAAAAGAUCUGCAGAACCUAUAGAAGAAACUGAGGAGGAAGAACCUGCCAACGCCGAUCCCAACCCGUCCCAAGAAGAAAAGACAGACGCUCAACAAAAUCCAACUCAAAGAGUGUCGUUUCCUUUGCCUAAACGCCAAAAGGAUUGA